AUGGAAGAUCCACGCGAGCCGUCGGCUUCCGCUGCGGAGCCUGGCGACGCGCCGCACGCCGCAGCGCCUUCCCCCAUGGGUUUCCCGGCACACCCCCUCCUCUCGUCUUCUGAACAGGCAGCACUGUCGACGUCGUCCUCGCCUUCUGAGACCGCGGCCGUCUCCAUGUCUCCGUCUCCCGCGGGCUCGCGUUGCCUGUCCCCCGCUGGCUCGCGUUGCCUGUCCCCCGCGUCGCGCGCCUCAGCGCCCUCGCCCGCGACCGCAGGGGCUCGCCGCGUCGGCUUCUCACAAGCGGUUGGACAUGGCGAUGACGCAGCGCCAGGGUUGGAGCGGAACCUGGAGCCUUCCUGCAGCGAGGAGAACUCCGGGCCGCGCAGACAGAGCCCGCCAGAUCGGCAAAUCUCCAGGCAGAAGUCCACGCUGAGGAGACACGACUCCAAGUACGCCCUUCAGUCCGUCCCGCGCCCGCAACUCUCGAUGAAGGCCGUCGCGGCCGCUGCGGCUGCGCAGCUGCGCGAACCAGAAGAGGGCGAGCAUGGCCAAGAAGCCCCGAGGGCAGCGGAUCUCUCGAGGAUACAGAGAGCCGGCGAGGGGGACGACCUCGAUGGCGCGGCCUCUUCGGUCACCACGGCGCCGACGCAUCAAGGCAGCGUGAUGAGCAACGACCUCGGAGGCUUCUACCGCAAGCUGUUGGGAGACGACUGGCGAGAGCAAAUCGAGGAGAUGAAUCAGGAGAAUCUUCUGGGCGCAUUCGACGAAGCAGAUGAGGAAGAGGCAGCCUCUCCUGGCGGCGCGGCUGCCGCGCACACUGCCGACGACGAUCUCAAUUUGCCCGACAAGCACCACGGAAAAGUUCGACAGAGGAUUCGAAGACGCGACGUCGUGGCCUCUCAAGAUAUCAGCGACCAGGUGGCAGACGACUUGCAUCUUGGCGAGGACGAAGAGCCAUUGAUCACGCCAGAAGACAUCGCCGAAAUUCGAGCGUCGGCGUGGAUUCCUGCUGGGGAAGGCCUGCCAGUUUUGAGCGAGAUGGAGCUUGGCUAUCAUCGCGCUUGGGACGUAGGCAAGAAGGGGUGCCUCGCCGUCAAAGUCGAUGGCAUAUGGGACUCUGCAGUCAAGGGCAACAAGAUGAGGUUUUUCGUCAUGGAUGGCACAGACGCAGAGUCGUUUCUCACUUUCUACUCCAAGUCAGAUCUGCAAGCAGCUCGCGGCAUGCAGUCAGAGAAACUUGGCAUCAUCACCGCAUGGGACAUGAGAGACGGAUACUGGAAUUACGCCAAGAAGAAGGUUUUCAUUCAGCGCUCUGACCGCAAAAAUCGCGAGUGUAUCCUGGAGGGCUUCACGACGGAAUUCUAUGACGCGAUGCUGCUGUGUAUCUGGGAGAUGUGCGUUCAAGCUGCCAUCGAACAGCUGAAGCAUCAGCGCCGCCGAGAGCGAAAUAAGAGGCGCCAGUCACUUUGUGGUGGCGGAGACGCCAGCAGCCGAGCAGUGGGUCGCGGAGCAGAAACGCGGCGUGUGUCCGCCGCUUUAGUGGCGUUUAAAGACAUUGCGCGAGGAGAAGAUGGCGGUCACUCUCGGUACCCGUCGCCUGACAGCAAGAAGGGCGUCGCAGAAAUGCGCGAGGCUGCAGCUGCCCACAGGGAAGUGAUGAAGCAGCUCUGCGCUGAGUGGCGCAGCGUCUUUAGCACGCGAAUUCAAGAGGAGUCGAAUCCUGGGCGGAGACUCCAUCGGAAGGACAGAAAGAGAGGGGAGGGCGAGAGCCCGCGGGACAUCAAGAAGCGCGAAAAAGAGGGGAAGUCCCCCCGAAUGCCGCACCAGUACAGCAUGAAGCGGACGGUGUCUCGGCCCCGGUCGCGCAAGGAUUGGCGCGAGAGAGACGAGAAAGGGAGUGCCCCGUCUUCCCCUCGAAGCGGCGCGGCAGCAGGACGUCAGAGUAGCAGAGAUGGACUCGAUGCAGCGCCGCACGACCCCGAUUCGUCGUCUUCUGUGUCGUCGGCGAGCGUGACAGGCGGCAGGAGGGAAGAUGUGACGGAAGAGGGAGACGAGGGCUCGACGGAGAAGCGCGAGACUGACCUUCGCGACGGUGAGGGGAGAUCGGAUGGCGACGAACAGAGAACAGGUGACGACGGGAGUGAGUCGGACCGGCCGGGGGGGCGCGUAGACCGGGACGGAACAGCAGGCAGCCGAGAGUUUGGAGAAAUCCGCCGACAGCUGCUCAAGUUCCAGUCACAUCAACGACAAAUGCACAGGGAGCAGUUGGUGAACGGCGGCAACAGCGGCGAAGCUCAGACUGACGGCUCUUCCUCUCAGUGGCGAGCAGGAGGGACCCGGAGAAUCAGCUCCCUUCCACUUGAGGACUUGUCUCGGCAUCAGGCCGCAGGUGUAGAAUAUCGCCAGGCGGCUUCCAUGGGGACUGGGGGGGGCAGGGGACGGAAAAAAAGCCUGGCUGCUUCAAAGCGAGGGCCGGGCUCGGCUGCGGGCGGCUACGCCAACAAACUCAGCAAGUACGAGACGCUCAAUCGCGUGCCGCCAGCGAGACCUCAGGGAAACGAGACGCCUCUUCUUACUCCUGGCGAAAAGACUCCAAGAGAUCCGGAGGACGAGCGGCCUAUGUUCGGGUAG